CGCUACGUCGCGACCCGGGCGAGAUACGACGAGUUGCCGUUCCGGGUGGAAAGAGCCAGCGAUUUACCACUGCGACUUCCCUGGGCUGCGACGGCGACGCUGCUCUGCCUUGUCCGAGUCAAGUCAACUCUUCAACUUAUCUGUCCGCCAUCAUCACUGGCGCUCCUUUGAGCCGAAGGCUUUCACCAGGAAGAUCCCAGACCAUGGAGCAAAUGUCGUGCAGACGUGAAAGUAGAAGUAGGACAACCAGUUCGGAAGCCAAUCCUUUAUCUUCAAGCGCCAAGCAUUUCGAAAAGACAAUGCGCAGGUGUGCUGUCGCCAACAAGAUGAGCGCGGGUGGCCUCUCCGAAAUGCGCCUUCAGACUCUAACGGGAAUAAUUCCUGUUCGACGUAGUCAUCUCAAGACACGCCUUCCGACCCCAUCAGAAGAGAAGUCUUUUAAGUGUACGGUUUGCAACAAGAAGUUCAGCCUAGGUAGCCAUCUGAAAACACACCUUCUGACCCAUACAGGAGACAAGUCUUUUGAGUGUGCGGUUUGCAACAAGAAGUUCGGCCUAGGUGGCACUCUCAAGACACAUCUUCUGACACAUACAGGAGAGAAGUCUUUGGAGUGCGCGGUUUGCAACAAGAAGUUUGGCCGAGGUAGCGAUCUCAAGAGACACCUUCUGACCCACACAGGAGAGAAGUCUAUUGAGUGUGCGGUUUGCAACCAGAAGUUCAGCCAAGUAAGCCAUCUCAAGAUGCACCUUCUGACGCAUACAGGAGAGAAAUCUUUUGAGUGCGCGGUUUGCAACAAGAAGUUCAGCCUAGGAAGCCGUCUUAAGAGACACCUUCUGACCCACCUAGGAGAGAAGUCUAUUGAGUGUGCGGUUUGCAACCAGAAGUUCAGCCAAGUAAGCCAUCUCAAGAUGCACCUUCUGACGCAUACAGGAGAGAAGUCUUUUGAGUGCGCGGUUUGCAACAAGAAGUUCAGCCUAGGAAGCCGUCUCAAGAGACACCUUCUGACCCACACAGGAGAGAAGUCUAUUGAGUGUGCGGUUUGCAACCAGAAGUUCAGCCAAGGAAGCCAUCUCAAGAUGCACCUUCUGACGCAUACAGGAGAGAAGUCUUUUGAGUGUGUGGUUUGCAACAAGAAGUUCAGCCUAGGAAGCCAUCUCAAGACACACCUUCUGACCCAUACAGGAGAGAAGUCUUUUGAGUGUGCGGUUUGCAACAAGAAGUUUAACAAAGGAGUCAAUCUCAAGACACACCUUCUGACCCAUACAGGAGAGAAGUCUUUUGAGUGUGCGGUUUGCAACAAGAAGUUCAACAAAGGAGGCAAUCUCAAGACACACCUUCUGAUCCAUACAGGAGAGAAGUCUUUUGAGUGUGCGGUUUGCAACAAGAAGUUCAGCAGAGGAAGCAGUCUCAAGGCACACCUUCUGACCCAUACAGAAGAGAAGUCUUUUGAGUGUGCGGUUUGCAACAAGAAGUUUGGCCGAAGUAGCGUUCUCAAGAGACACCUUCUGACCCAUACAGGAGAGAAGUCUUUUGAGUGUGCGGUUUGCAACAAGAAGUUCAGCCUAGGUAGCCAUCUCAAGAGACACCUCCUGACCCACACAGGAGAGAAGUGUUUCGAGUGUUCGGUUUGCAACAAGAAGUUCAACCAAGGAAGCAAUCUCAAGACACACCUUCUGACCCAUAUAGGACAGAAGUCUUUUGAGUGUGCGGUUUGCAACAAGAAGUUCAGCCUAGGUAGUGACCUCAAGAGACACCUUCUGACCCAUACAGGAGGGAAGUCUUUUGAGUGUGAAAUUUGCAGCAAGAAGUUCAGUCGAGCUAGUCAUCUCAAGACACACCUUCGGACCCAUACUUAAGAGAAGUCCGUUCAACGUGCUGUUUGCAACAAAAAGUGGAACCGGUAUGCCUUCCCAUAGGGACUUUUACAGCAGAUAAGAUCAUAGAGUGUGCUAUUUCCGCAUGAGUUUAUUAAGGGAAUGCGCUCAUCCAACGUGAGUGUGUAGUCGCAAUAAGACUUUUCAAGAAUUGGAUUUGAGGCCAGUUGGGCGUUGUUGCCUGCAGCUGAGUUUCCUAUUGGCGCUCAGAUUGGGACAAGAAUUUAAGCAAGGUUUCGUCCUAGUAAGCACCUUACGACUGAUUCAGAGUGAUACGGUCACUUCAGUGCGUAGUUGUUAGAAUUUUAACCUUCAUGGUUAUCUUUGUGUUUAUUUUUGGAACUUGGCUUUGGAAAUUUCUUGAGAGUGGCCGUUUAAUUCUUGUCUUAUAAUAUAGGAAGGAAAUGAGCGUUUUGCAAUGAUCGCACACUAACGACGUUUGGCCAGUGUUUUGCAUGAAAUGCCUUCAAAAGUCUUUUGCGGGGUCUUCUGUUUUUCUUCUUUCGGAAAGUACUAGUUGUGUCAUUUUCAGUUUUCAGGGACAUAGGUGCAUCGGUUAUACGCACUAAGUAGUGUGACGGCCCACAUGUUGCACAGGUUAUGAUUGGUUUUUUUUUUACUAAGCUUGUAUUGAGUGCGAUAAUUGUGAUGUGUUCAUUUUUUUUUGCUAAUAUUGUUGAUUCAAUUUCACGAAAUUCUUUGACGUUCUUUGUUUUGUUUUAAUCUAACGAUGCUUUUUUCGUUGUCAUUCGUGCGACGUCACGCAUGGUUAGUAAAACUGCUGUAUUUCAGAAUUUGAUCUGACGACUACCCUCUGAUCAAGAUCAGUUGGCUGCAAGACAGGAAAACGUCUUAAAGGAGGAUUUGGCGUUGUCAGCAACACAAUCUUAUAUUGAUUCGUUGUUUACGUAGCUUUUGA